AUGAGUCAUAUACCUCCCCCUCCCCCAUUCUUACCAGCUCCUCCGACUUUCAAUGCUUUCAACGAUUCUCAAUCCCAAGGGUACAGUCAAGGAGGAUACAAUACUUCUCAAAACGGCGGUGGAAGUGUAGAUAAUGGUCCUCCUCCUUCAAGAGAUACGUUUUCCGAUCGUCGUGGGAAGAGAGGUCGAGGAGGCAGGCAGAGAGGCGGUGGCGAAGGAAGAGGUGGAGGUGGAAGAGAUAGAGGCGGAGAUAGGGAUAGGGAGAGAGACAGAAGUCCUGAUCGAGGUAGAAGAAGACAAGAGAAUCGAUCUAUCGAAGAAAGAGUAGGUGCAGAAAGGAUCUGUCGAACUUUAUUCGUUCGUAAUGUAUCGUAUGAAGCAGACUCAGCCGCUCUUCAAGCUUCUUUUUCGACUUAUGGUGAGAUCAAAACUUGGUAUGAUAGGAUAAACGAAAGGGGAAUCAUCUUCGUUACCUUUUUCGAUCUUCGGUCUGCUCAAAAAGCCAGAGAUGGAAUGCACGGUCUAAAAGCAGGCGACAGAUCUAUCGACGUUCAUUACAGUUUACCAAGAGAUAAAGACUUGAUUGGUGACUGUGAUCGAGAGAAGAAUCAGGGAUCCAUCUUAAUUUUCGUACAUCCACCCAGAGUGAUCAGUGAAUACGAAUUAGGGAGGAUGUGCGAACAAUUCGGUGAUGUCAAAGCUAUCAAACCAGGACGAGAACCAGCGGAAAAGAUAGUUGAAUAUUACGAUUCGAGAGGCUCAGCCUUAUUUUUUGAUAGAAUGUCAAACCAACCUUUUCAAGGUGGUACUCUAGAAUUGAAAUUCAUCUGGGAUGAGAAAGAAGAAGUUUUACCCCCGCCGCCACCACCACCAGUUGUGGAAAGACCUUUUGAUCGUAGAAGUGGUGAAGGACCUGGAUAUGGUGAAGUCAGAAGUGGAAGACAACAUCCUCCUGGACCUCCAGGUGGAAUUGGCAGGGACCCUAGAGCUAGAUCACCUAUAAGAGGUGGUAGACGAGAAUCAUACCCUCCUGGACCUGGUCCUGGCCCUGGACGUUAUGGAGAAUUACCUCCUCCAGUUCCUCAGGGCGAAGACAGAUUGGAACAAGCUCGUAAAGUACAACAGCUCUUAGCAAAUCUAGGAGGUCCCAGUAACCCACCUCCACCGACUCAUGGUGGACCACCCCCUAGAUCAGUACCACCACCUCAUAUGAUUCCUCCACCACCUAACAAUCAGUAUACACCCAGAGAUACUGGGUAUACACCUGGGCCACCUCCACCUCCACCCCUAAACGGAGGAGGAAGGAAUUAUCAACAACAACAGCAGCCUCCUCCACUAAAUCCUAUCUUCCCACCCUAUCCUCCUUCUUCAAAUCAAGCAUAUAAUCCCACAUCAUCUGCUCCGCCCAGUAACCCUUAUUCGCAACCUCCUGCCCCUAGUCCGUAUAAUCCUAAUCCAACCCCAAUCCCUCCAUCUCAAAACUCAUAUAAUCCACCGCAUCCACCUCCCCAUCACAAUAAUCAAUACAAUCCUCCUCCAACACAUACUUACAACGCCCCACCACCUCCACAGACGCUCAACCAGAAUUACCCUCCAUCUAUCCCAAUGCCACAAAAUCAAAGUCAAAAUUCAUAUAAUCCAUCAACACCUGCUCAACAAUCGUAUUCACCUUAUCCACCACCACCGUCUCACAUAGGCGUGGCUUCAGGUUCCAGUUCAGGUCCAGGCGCUUAUCCUCCUCCUCCGGGACAAGGUCAAAAUCAAGGGUACGGCCAAAAUCAGAAUUCAUAUGGUUAUCCUCCUCCUCCUCCUCGACAACAACAACAACAGGAACCUCGAAGUAAUCGACAGAAUGGACAGGCAAAAGAUGUUGGCAGCUUAUUAGCUAUGCUUAGUAAUCGUUAG